UUGUGAGUCUGCGCUGCGCUCAAACUAACAAAAUUGAGCAAGCAAAUGAAAAACAGCAGUCAAGGGUGCAUUCCCAAAGCAUGUCGCCCUCAAUCUUUCAAGAAGACGUAUUGCAUUAAACCAGCCAGCAAAAUAUUAGUUAUAUAUCAUGAUUUUCUUGUGCAUAGUGUAUUUAUGUAAAUUGUUUGUUUGCUUCCACGAGCAAACGUUUUUCUCUGUGAUGCCACUGAUCAACCCUCCACAUUACGUAAAAAGGACACCAUCUUUGUGGCGUCAUAAAGGAAAGACAAUAUUUUCGAUCAUCUCAUAAGAUCCUCCCAUUUUGCCAGCUAAAGCCAGUGGGGCAAUGGAGGUCAGGGUGCGGAGAAAGUCACUGCCUGCCACGCUGAAGAGCGGACUGGCCAAAAGAAGUUGCUCUGUUCGUGAGAUCGAAAAGGGUCCCCAAGUGUCUGAAAGUUUUGAAAACUUUGUGUUUGGUGGAGUGGACAAUGGGCAGCGCUGCUCUGAGGGGCUGAAGACCUGUGACCUGCUGCGCUGGCUAUUGGACAGUGGUCUGGGCCGAUGGCUAAGGAGRAGCACCCUUGUCAGCUGGCUCCAGACUAGUGACCUGGGGCUGUGGUUAGGUUCACACUGCCCAGCCCUCACCAACCUCCUGCUCCUCAAGGUGACACUGUGGCUCKUCCUGGUGUGGAUUCUCGCUGACCUCCAUCUUGGGUUGCCAUGUUUCCUCCUUGCCAUCACCUACUGGCUGUACGACGGGCCGCUACGGAAAGCUGUUAAUAGGGCCAGGAGCCAAUUCCGGGGCACAGGCUGUCCCUGAGAAUGCCACUGGCACAGUGCAACGGAGGAGUGAGACACCCACGUUAGGCUAGACAGGGGAACAUAGGUAGAGGACUUCCAAUCAUUGAAAUUCAGAACAGUGUGUGCCAAUAGCCUGGCAGAAAUUAAAAGUGCCACUGCUUGAACYUGUGUACCAAGGAAUAUGCUUCUCAAUAUCCACACUCAGCUGUGAAUUUCAAUGUUUUAACAGGCUGGGAUUUGUUUUGCAAGAGAGGAAGCAGCUACAACAACUAAAACUAGAAAAUGUCAACUUUCUUAAGAAAAUGUCUGUGCUUGCUUUAGCUUUAAAUUGUCUUAGAUCUAUAGUUAGAUGUUUAGGUAGUAUAAUUGGCCUGAUCUACAAUGUAGUUGUAGAGUCACGAUUAAGUCUAAAUAGAGUCUAAUAGAUCUAGACUAACUAGAGGUCAACUUGCAUUCAAAUAGUCCUUUGAGGCAGUUCCUAAUGCCUUUGGUGACCUGGAAUUUUUUUGACUGGGUGAAUUUUUUUUUUGAAAGAUGCUCUCAGACUAUCAGAGUAUCCUUUGUCAAAGCGUUUUUGAUGAUAGUCUGCAUAACUCUGCCUAGAGAUAACGAUUUUUUUGUUCAAAUAAUUCCGGGGGAUUUUCUGAAACGUUUGCUUAAAGACCUCCUCCAGCAAUUGUUGAACUUUUACCGUUGAUAUUUUUUGUUGUUGUUGACACAACUGCAAACUUCGAGGAGUGAUUUGGGKCCAGCCUCAUGUUCCCCUCAGCCCCAUGAACACAUUUCUAUCUUCUAAACCAGGGGUUGGCAACCCAAAGUAAUUUUUCAACUUCCGGCCACAUAUGAUUCAAUAAAAAGAUAAAAAUAA